ACAGCAGCAGAAGUUUCAGCUGAACGAUGAGGACCGAGAGCGGAACCGGUCCAACCGGACCGGGCCGAGGCACCCCGCCCCGGGCAGGUAGAACCGGCCCGGCGGGUGAGUCCCGCCAGGUGUAUAAGAGGCGGUCCGCGGGCCUCGGCGUGCUCCUCACUCCGCUGAGACCAUGUUCCACCUGCUGCUGCUGGCCGCCGCGCUGCUCGCAGCUUACCUGUUCCUCACGCGGACCCUCUUCAGGAGCUCCAGGUGCGAAGGGAACGCGGCGAUGGACGGCAAGACCGUCAUCAUCACAGGAGGAAACACCGGCAUCGGUAAAGCCACGGCGCUGCACCUCGCCAGCAGGGGCGCCAGGGUGGUCCUGGCCUGCAGGAACCGGGAGAAGGCGGAGCGCGCCAUGGCAGAAAUACGGCAGGAAACGGGAAGCACCAACGUGCUCUUCAUGCAGCUGGACCUCGCCAGUCUGAAGUCGGUCCGCAGCUUCUCAGAGAGGUUCCUGAAAACUGAGCCCAGGUUGGACCUGCUCAUCAACAACGCUGGUCUGGUGGCUGACGGACGGACGGAAGACGGCUUCGGCAUCGAGUUCGGGGUGAACCACCUGGGUCACUUCCUGUUGACCUACCUGCUGGUGGAGCGCCUGAAGGAGGGGGGUGGAGGACGCGUGGUGACCGUGUCCUCCAUGGCGUACCGAUGGGGACACGUCGACCCCGAGGCUCUGGCGGUGAACAGACACCUGGGCACCGGACGCUACAGCUGGCAGUUCUUCCAGGCGUACUGCAACAGCAAGCUGUGCAACGUGCUCUUCACCCACGAGCUCGCCAAGAGGCUCAAAGGAUCCAACGUCACCUGCUACAGCGUCCACCCAGGUGUGGUGCGCACCGAGCUGUCCCGUAACGUGGGCCUGUGGCAGAAGGUCUUCAUCGAGCCCAUCGCCCGGCUGCUCUUCCUGGAGCCGGAGGCCGGAGCUCAGACCACGCUGCACUGCUCCCUGCAGGAGGGCAUCGAACCGCUGAGCGGACGCUACUUCUCCUGCUGCGCCGCAGAGGAGGUGCAGCCCCGCGGCCGGGACGACGCCGUGGCCCGGAAGCUGUGGGACGUCAGCGAGCGUCUCUGUGGACUCUGAGGAGGACCUUCUCCUCUCCUCCACUGUAGUGUGAGGCCUUUCCUUCAUGAAUAAAGUGGU